GUGCAGAACAAUAAACUUCAUGAUGCUGUGCUGGUAAGAGGAAAUGCUGGGCCACUGGCCAGUGAGAAGGAUUUGUGUUUUUCACCUGCUACAGAGCAGACUAGCUCUACAUCAGUUAAUGCGCAAAAACAAUAUGGAGUUAAUACCUAGUAGCUCUUUUGUUGGUACUUAGCUGUCAGUCUGACAGAAGCAAACUGCCUUCACCUAUGGCCAGUCUGGAUAGAAAUAACAAAAUCCUGUUCGAUUUAGUGCAACAGCCAGGUAACAACGUAUGCGCUGACUGUGGAGCUCCCGAGCCUGACUGGGCAUCCUACACUCUUGGUAUCUUUGUGUGCCUGAACUGUUCGGGGCUUCAUCGUAACUUGCCUGCUGUCAGCAAAGUGAAAUCCAUACGCUUGGAUCUCUGGGAAGAUUCACUUGUAGAGUUCAUGCGGGAAAGGGGAAAUUCAGCAGCCAAAGCCAUUUAUGAGAAGUGUGUCCCUGGCUUCGUUUACCAACCUCAACAAAAAGACUGCGUUGUUCUUAAAGAUCAAUGGAUCCGUGCAAAGUAUGAAAGAAGAGAAUUCACAGGAGAAAACAACUAUCUUCAGCAAUUUUAUAGCUCAGACCAGUUUGAGUCAACACUGUGGAAAAAGGGCAAACACAAAAAGCAGUUUUUUAAGAGGAUCUUCCUGCUUUCCCGGAAAGACUUCACCCUGAGAUACUUUCUCAAAGAGGAUUCCAAGCUCCCCAAAGCCAUAAUCUCCAUGAAGGACCUGAAUGCAGUUUUCCAGCCAGAGAAGAUCUGCCAUGCGCACGGUCUGCAGAUCUCCUUUCUGCACGACGGACGUAUGAGAAAUCUGUUUGUUUAUCAUGAGAACGGACAGGAAAUUGUAUCCUUGUUCAAUGCUAUUCGGGCAACGCGCUUGGCGUACCUCCAGAAGAAACAUCCCACUCUUCGAGAUAAUGACUUAAUACCUCAGAUAACAAGACAUUCCUUGAAGGAGGGGUACAUGGAGAAAACUGGCCCAACGCAACGGGAGCCAUUCAAGAAGAGGUGGUUCAUACUGUGCUCAAUAAACAGAAAGCUUCUAUAUUUUAAAACUCCACUGGAUGCUAUGGAGCUGGGUUCUGUCUUCAUUGGCACAGAGAGCCAUAGCUACUCUGUUUCAGAGAGCAGCGGCCGGAGCACAAGGGGAGGCCGCUGGCACUUCAGCAUCACGCUGCAGACUCCAGACAGGCCGUACGUGUUCAUGUGUGAGCAUGAGCAGGAGCAGAGGGAGUGGCUAGAGGCCUUCAGAAAGGUCAUCUCUCAACCUAUGACCCCAGAGGACUACACUAAUGAAGCCAACUUGAGAAGGGGAAAAUAACUGGAAGAUUUCCACCUGCUGGUUUGAAGGAGUUCAGGAUGCAAUAACAAUCCUUCUUGGACAUAAGAGACUGAAAGCCUUACUUUCAAAAGAUGCUCCUGAAUUUGUCAGUGGGGAUUUAAAAAAUGGAGACAAACUCUCUCUUUUACUAAGUACAGCUGCUCCUUCGUAAGAUUGAUGCAUUUCAGAAGCAAUAUCUGUUAAAGUUGCCAUUGAUGUUGCCACAAUGCAAUGCGUUAUGAAUAAACUGGAACCAAAUAUUGUAUUUAUUAAAAAUAAGGACUAUAGGCUAGUUGAUGUAUAAUUGUGCUUUUUUUUUGUAGUUUCUGUUUAACUCAUCUUUCUUAUGCUGUUUCAUUGUAGCUGUCAGAAAAGUUGUAGCCUAACACUGAAAGCUCUUCAUAAUUUUAAUAAACUGAAUACACAAUUGA